GAACUUUUCUUUUUCUACAGCCAAAGUCUGCAAGAGUCGAAUCAAGGCAAAGAUUGCAGGGAGGCAAGUGCAACGGCAAACUUCAACACACACACACAGAUACUCGUAAGCAGAGUGGCAGCUAGCACAACUGGCAAGGAGAAGGCCAAAAAAACAAAACUAAACUUAAUAGUUGGCUACUACGUCAUCAGCAGAAAAUAAGCCACCACCAACCACAACAUCACCUUUUCAGCGAAGAGAAAGAAAAUCACUCACCCAUACAGAGACACAGGACAUACACAGGCAUAACAAUCACAAAACAAUCGUGUGAGUUAAAUUUUAAAAAAGAAAACUCCAAAGGAGACGAAGAAGAAGAAAUUCGAGCCACAGCAGGAUGUCUAAUCCUGACGAGAAUGACGCAGCGGCGACGGCGGCAAAUGGCAAUGCGGCUAACGAGCCCUCAUCACAUAUGGAUGGCGGCCGAAUUACGCCACAACUUAGUACUGGCUUACAACUCGAACAAGACGUUUCGCCAAAUCCAUCGCCAACGCACACGUCGUAUGAUGACCAUCAGCAGCAGCAGCUGGGCAGCAACAAAUUGAACGGCAACAGCAGUCUACGCGGCAGUCCCACCAAAUCACUGGGUGACAGACGUAAUUCCAACUAUCAAUACAACUCGGACAACGACGACGAUUAUGGACCAGUCAGUGCCACGGGUCCUGUGAGCGAUUAUUGGUCACAACGUAACGGUGGUCUCAGUCAAAAUCCCUCGGGCCGCCAGAGUCGAGCCGGCAACACCGGCAAUAACAUUGGUGGCAGCCAAACGCCCACGAAUCCCUAUCAGGACAAUAUGAGUGAGAAUUCGGAACAACCACCGGUCCAGCCUCUGUUACGUUCCAAAUCGCGUCCGGAACUAUCUUCAAAUGCCCAGGUGAAUAGUGCCAUGAGUGCGGCCAGUCGUUAUUCGAAUCUCUCGUAUUGGAAGGCGCGACGAGUGGUCUUCUAUCGCAAUGGUGAUCCCUUUUUUCCCGGUGUUGAAUUGCGUUAUCGGCCGGGACGUGACAUCACCUCGCUGGAUGUGUUGCUCGAGAAACUCUCGCCGAAAAUGGAUCUGCCACGUGGCGCCCGUUAUGUCUUCUCCAUGGAUGGUGAUCGCAAAUAUCAUUUGGACGAAUUGGAGGAUGGUGCCUCAUAUGUGGUCUCCUCGUUUAAGGCGUUCAAGCCUGCAAGUUACGGUAAAAAGAACGGCAUGUGGUAUGCAUCGCCUGGCAAUCAAGGCUGGGGCUCAAAACCAGCCAGUCGUAAGCCAUCAAUAAUGGAAGCGGAUUUGGGCACAUUAUCGACCACAUCGGGUUCGAUAAAGCGCAGUGCCGGCCGUGUCAUACGUAUUAUCAAUAAUUUGGAUCACUCAGUUCAGUGUCGUGUCUUACUCAAUCUACGCACUUCACAGCCGUUUGAAGAAGUGCUGGAAGACUUGGGUCAAGUGCUGAAAAUAAAUGGAGCCAAGAAAAUGUACACAGGCACAGGGCAAGAGGUACGCAGUUUUUCACAGCUACGCAAUGAAUUUGCUGAUGUGGACACCUUUUAUUUGGCCACUGGUACGGCGUUAAUUGCCGGCUCGCCCAUACGUCGGUCACGUUCGCGGCCAUCGGUAAUGGCUGCCGCUCCCAUACUUCCAACCGAAGAUCUUCCAAAGGUUCCUUUGCGCGGUGCUCGACCACGCAGUAAAAGUCGUCCACGUAUUUUAUACGCACCCGAAAGUGAAAUUUUACGCACAAACGGUGAAUACAGUAUGAUCGAUAUGAUGAAAGAAGAUCCUACCAAGGUGACUAUUAGAGGUCUUAGACGCACAUUCUAUCCACCAUUACAUCAUGCACCGGCCGAUAAUACACCACCAGAUAAGAAGUUGCAGUUGCAAUGGGUCCAUGGUUAUCGCGGCAUUGAUGCCAGACGCAAUCUUUGGGUCUUGCCAUCUGGCGAACUUUUAUACUAUGUUGCUGCAGUUGCCGUAUUAUUGGAUCGUGAAGAAGAUGCUCAGCGUCAUUACACCGGACAUACAGAGGAUAUUAUGUGCAUGGAUGUCCAUCCUUCACGAGAACUUGUCGCAUCUGGUCAAAAAGCUGGUCGCGAUCGCAAAUCUCAGGCACAUGUCCGCAUAUGGAGCACUGAAUCUUUGCAGACGUUAUAUGUUUUUGGUAUGGGAGAAUUGGAUACGGGUGUCACAGCGGUGGCCUUCUCACAAUUGAAUGGUGGCAGCUACAUUUUGGCUGUGGAUAGCGGGCGUGAAAGUAUACUCUCUGUGUGGCAAUGGCAGUGGGGACAUUUGUUGGGUAAAGUUGCGACUCUGCAAGAAGGAUUGUCUGGAGCCGCUUUCCAUCCUCUGGAUGAUAAUUUAAUUAUAACACAUGGCCGGGGUCAUUUGGCUUUUUGGCAUCGUCGCAAAGAUGGCUUUUUCGAACGAACAGAUAUUGUUAAGCAACCAUCACGUUCACAUGUCACCAGCGUUCAAUUUGAACCGGAUGGCGAUGUUAUAACUGCUGAUUCGGAUGGUUUUAUUACUAUUUACUCGGUGGACUCGGAUGGUGCAUAUUUUGUGCGCACCGAAUUUGAGGCUCACACGAAGGGAAUUGGAUGCCUUAUUAUGCUGGGCGAGGGCACGCUAUUGUCAGGCGGUGAGAAGGAUCGUAAAAUAGCAGCUUGGGACUCACUGCAAAACUAUAAGAAAAUCGCUGAUACCAAGCUUCCCGAAUCGGCGGGUGGUGUACGCACCAUAUAUCCACAACGUCCAGGACGUAAUGAUGGCAAUAUCUAUGUGGGUACCACACGCAACAACAUUCUCGAGGGCUCGUUACAGCGUCGUUUCACACAAGUUGUUUUUGGCCAUGGCCGCCAAUUGUGGGGCUUGGCCGCCCAUCCUGAAGAUGAUCUGUUUGCCACGGCGGGUCAUGACAAACACAUUGCUUUGUGGCGUAAAAGUAAACUUAUUUGGACCAUACAAACGGGCUAUGAAUGUGUAUCCCUUGCAUUCCAUCCGUUUGGCACCGCCCUGGCUGCUGGCAGCACUGAGGGCCAUCUGUUGGUAAUUAAUUGUGAAAAUGGAGCGGUCAUGUUGACACUGAGAGUGUGUGGCUCGCCCAUUAAUUGUGUGUCAUUUAAUCAAGUGGGCGAUAUGAUUGCUAUGGGUUCCCAAAAUGGUAGCAUUUAUUUAUUCCGCGUCUCCAGAGAUGGUUUCUCCUAUAAGAAAGUGAAUAAGAUCCGUGGUUCCCAACCACUGACCCAUUUGGAUUGGAGUAUGGAUGGUAAUUUUGUGCAAACAGUCACAAUUGAUUUUGAUUUAUUGUUCUGGGAUGCCAAAUCGCUGAGUCCCGAACGUAGUCCCAUUGCCAUGAAGGAUGUCAAAUGGUUGACAAGUAAUUGCACGGUUGGUUUUAUGGUGGCGGGCAUGUGGAGUAAUCGCUACUAUAGUAACAGUAAUACAAUUAUAUCUACCUGUACACGAUCAGCUGCCCAGGAUAUGCUGGCAUCGGGCGAUGCAGAUGGUUAUAUACGUUUGUUUAGAUAUCCCUGCAUAAGCCCCAGAGCUGAGUUUCACGAAGCCAAGGUCUACUCCGGCAUGGUGGCCUGUGUUCGCUUCCUGUUUGGCGACCAAACUUUGGUUACCGUGGGUGGUACUGAUGCCUCGUUGAUGGUUUGGGAUUUGGUAGAGGAAUAGCUGAAAUGGCCACCGUGGCGUACAACUGCACAGUAUGAGGCCCGCUACUCAGAUUACUGGCGACGUCGCACCUCCAAACAAUCCUCCACGGUGUUGGAUAGCGAUUCUUUGGAAUACCAGUAAUGGGAGUAGUAGUGCUGUUUAGGCAUUAUCCAAAUCCUUCCUCCCACACUCAUAGACAACACAGAAGAGAUAUAGACAUUUUUUGCAUUUUGAUUUGGUCAAAUUUUGAUGGCUUUUUACAAAAGUAGACGAAAAAAUUAAAGAUUAUUAAAAUUAGAUAAAAAACAAAAUGUUUUCCAAAAAAUACAACUUCCAAAAGGCAAUAGGAAUCAGUAAACGAAUCGACUUCCCCGAAGAACUUUUUUUCUGUUAUUUUGGUCUUCCCUAAAUUUGUUAUGAAAAGUAUUUUCUUAUUUCCCAAAUCUAUCCUAUAUCUACUCUCUGUCAUUGUUUCCUUCUAUCCCCCAACUCCCGCCUCUAGUUCCUUUCUCCCAGCCCCCUACUCUACAGACUAUAAGCCACUGGUGGACUUUAUCUUAUCUUUGACUAAUACCUACAGAUAACUCAGCCAUUUUUUAUACAUUUCAUAUUUCAUUUGUUCCGGUUUUUGGACUAUAUACUUUUGAAUCCCUCCUCCAUCAUAUAAAAAGAAAGGAUUAUCCUCUCUACAAAUUGUCGUCCAUUUUAGAAAAGUAAUAAAUAAAUACAUUUUAGUAGUUUAGUGGAAAUUGAAGAAGAACAUAAAACUACACACCAAAGUGCACUUUGAUUCAUUGAUACCAAACAAAAAACAAACAAAAUGUUUAGAAAAUAAACGAAUUGAAAUUAUUAUUUAUUUUUAAUAUUAAGAUUUUGAAAAUAUGCAAAAGAAAAUGUUUAAUAAAUACAAAAAA